UUUAUUAACAAAUGGACUGAUUGUGAAGACCCAAAGAGAGCGUGAGUGCCCACGAAGAAGAGUAUGGCACGAAUGACCACAGUUUAUCAACAAGGAUAACCUUCACAACAGAGGCAAAUAAGGGCGUUAACAAGGACUAUCACUCAAAUUUCCAAUAUGUCCCGAAGGCAGGCAGUCCACAUGUUGAUGACGAUGAUGCGUCAACCGUGGAGUUUAACAAAGACUCCUCUGGGCUCAGUGAUUUCCCUUCAAGAAGCGAUUUGAGGCUCAAUCGGGUUAUUUCAUGUCAAAUUGAGGAAAGCAAGAGUAUUGCUAUAGUGAAACCUAAAGCCAUCUCUUCAAAGAAUUUGUUCGAAGAAGCCAGACUAGGAAACUCUUUGAUUCCUGACCCUAACCAUAAGUGAAGUGUUAAGGACUUCGAAUUCCUCGGGCUCCUUGGAGAAGGAUCCUUUGGAAAAGUCUUCCAUGUUGCCCGAAAACUAGAUGGAGAGGAGUUCGCACUAAAGGUUAUGCGCAAGGUGGCCUGUAAAAGUAUCAAGGAACGUAUUCACCGGGAAAGAACCUUGAUGAUGGAUAUAAAUCAUAAUGGAAUCAUCAAGUUGCAUAAUACUUUUCAAGAUGCUAAAUAAACUGUAUUUCCUGCAGGAGCUAGCUCCCAAUGGGGAGCUAUUCACCUUCAUGAAAAAUGAAGAAGUCCUCCAAUUCGCUCAUGCAAGAUUCUUAGCCGCUGAAAUUUUAAGCAUGAUCGAGUAUCUUCGUUCAAAGAAGAUCUGUCAUAGAGAUUUUAAGCCCUCUAAUUUGUUAUUUAACUCUGAAAUGAGGCUUAAAUUGGCUGAUUUCGGGUCAGCCAAAUCUUACAAGGAUCAGGAAGGCAACUCAGAAGAGGAUGAUAAUAGGCAAUCUGGUGGCUCAACUUCUGAUAAAUGAAUUCGGAGAAUGAACUCCUUUGUUGGAACUGUAGAGUAUAUGGCUCCAGAGGUCAUCCAAGGAGCAUCCAGAAUUGAUGGAUGAGACUUAUGGUCUCUAGGAAUAAUAAUAUAUAAAUUCUUCGCUGAAACCUCCCCUUUCAUAGGAGAGUUUGAUGAAGAUACCAUCAGGAAAAUAGAGGAGGAAGAUCUUGUUUUUCCAGAAAAUUUCCCAGAUGUUGCUAAAGACAUUUGCAAGAGACUUCUCGUCAAAAAUCCAGAAGAAAGACUUGGGUGCGGCCGUCAUGGAACAGAGCUAGAUAUGUUCUCACUCAAAGCCCAUCCUUUCUUUGAUGGGAUUGAUUUUGAUAACCUGGAGAAUAGUGAAUCUCCAGUACCUAUUCCUACAGUUUUAAAAUCCUCUGUCAAGGUGAAAAUAAUCGAGGAAUUAAAGAAGUCUGCUAACACCUCUACCAAUGUGACAUCCCCAUGAAGCAUCGAUAUGCAUAAUUUCACGACUGCUUGAAAAAAUGUAAUGGGCAACAACUUAAGCCCUUGGAAAACUUUGAAGGAAUUUCAUCAAAAUUCUCCUCAGUAUAACAUCAGAGUUCUUUUCCAAGGGCCUAUAAAGUAUAGAUCAAGGCUAUUGAUAAAGUACAAUUCUGCCACGGCGAUCUUCACUGACGAGCCUGCGUUCUACCUCUACUCCCAGACCAAAGGUGUGUUGAAGACCAGGUAUAGUAUCCAGAAUUACUAUUUCUCACAGAAAAAUAAAACUAAAUUUUAUCUGAAAGAGCAAACUUCGAAGAACAAGCAGGCUGAAGCAUCUUCUGAGGAAGACACUUCCCAUAAGCCUAGUAAGUUUAAGACAUGUGUCAGAAAGGUUACUGAUGACGCUACUGACUCUCCUUCAGACCUAAUCUUCUUGCUCAGCAAGUAUUGUGCACAGGAGUAAGAGCAGUUUAUGAAGCUUGAACCAUGAAAUCUAUCUUAUACCAUAAUUCUUCAACUACGACU